CAGGAUUGCUGCAAUCUUUGUUUGUGCUGCAGAUCGUUCAUUCACUCAGAUGUAUUAUUGCGGGUCAUCACUGCAGAUAUAAUAGAUGCUGAGUGCAUGUAGGAAAAAUGUCCUGAAUCAUUGUUUUAGUGUGUUCAGUGUUCUCCUGUAGAUGAGCUGAUGUGUUAAUGAUAAACAACCCCCGGGUCUCUGGCGGGCGCUGCUCAUGCGUGGUCCUGCGCGAGCGUUUGUUUGGAAACUCUGAGACGAAACUCGAGAAAACUUCACAAAAUGUGGCGAAUAUUAAACACUUCUAACGCUCUUGUGAGGCGAGACUUCAGGAGAAAAACACUGCGCGUUUCUGCGCGGAGCCUCGCGACAGAUGACGGAGAUCCGCCCGGGGUUCUGGGGAAGCGUCUGAGGGACUCGGCGGAGACGGUGGUCAUCGGCGGCGGGUGUGUCGGGGUCAGUCUGGCGUAUCAUCUGGCCAAAGCCGGACAGAAGGACGUGGUGCUGCUGGAAAAGUCCGAGCUGACGGCUGGAUCCACAUGGCACGCGGCGGGACUCACCACAUACUAUCAUCCAGGCAUUAAUCUGAAGAAGAUUCAUUAUUACAGCAUUAAACUCUUCGAGCAGCUCGAGGCCGAGACGGGACAGGCCGUGGGCUUCCAUCAGCCCGGCAGCAUCAGACUGGCGUCCACUCCGGUCCGAGUCAACGAGCUCAAAUAUCAGAUGACCAGAACACACUGGCACCCGACGCCACAGUUCCUCAUCGGCCCCGAGAAGAUCCAGCAGCUCUUCCCUCUGCUCAACAUGGACAAGGUGUUGGCGGGUCUCUAUAAUCCAGGUGAUGGUCACAUCGACCCGUAUUCUCUGACGAUGGCUCUGGCGGCGGGAGCGCGAAUGUACGGCGCUCAGAUCUAUUAUCCCGCUCCUGUCACAGGCCUCACGCCGACCGCCGACGGCAGAUGGGACGUCCAGACGCCACACGGAACCAUCCGAGCCAAUCGCAUCGUCAAUGCCACAGGGUUCUGGGCGCGUGAACUGGGUCAGAUGAUCGGGUUCCAGCACCCCACCAUCCCAGUGCAUCACCAGUACGUCGUCACGGCGACGGUUCCCGAGGUGAAGGCGCUGGAGGCGGAGCUUCCUGUGAUCCGGGAUCUGGAGGGCUCGUAUUACCUGCGUCAGGAGCGAGACGGCCUGCUGUUCGGACCCUACGAGAAAGAGGAGAAGAUGAAGCUGCAGGACUCGUGGAUCAGAGACGGAGUUCCUCCAGGUUUCGGUAAGGAGCUGUUUGAGUCCGAUCUGGACCGGAUCAUGGAUCACGUGGAGAGGGCUAUGGAGAUGGUGCCGGUUCUGAAGAACGCUGACAUCAUCAACAUCGUGUCCGGACCGAUCACAUACACACCUGACCUGCUGCCCAUGAUCGGACCGCACCAGGGAGCCAGAAACUACUGGACCGCCAUCGGCUUCGGGUACGGUAUCAUUCACUCUGGAGGAGUGGGGAAGUUUCUGAGCGACUGGAUCGUGAGCGGCGAGCCUCCGUAUGAUCUGAUCGAGUGUGACCCCAACCGCUACGCUCACUGGACCAGCGUCCCGCACUUGUGCGCCAAAGCCAGAGAGUCCUACGGCUUCAACAACGUCGUGGGUUACCCGAAGGAGGAGCGCUUCGCGGGUCGCCCGACUAACCGGGUCAGCGGCGUCUAUGAGCUGCUGAAGGACAGAUGCUCCAUGGGUUUCCACGCAGGAUGGGAGCAGCCGCAUUACUUCCACAAACCCGGAGACGACUCCGGAUACAAACCCAGCUUCAGAAGGACUAACUGGUUCGGGCUGGUCGGCCGCGAGUGUAAACUGGUGAUGGAGGGUGUGGGUGUGAUUGACCUUUCACCUUUUGGGAAGUUCAACGUUAAAGGAGAAGAUUCGCACCGGCUGCUCGACCGGCUGUUCGCCAACACACUGCCAAAGGUGGGUCAAACCAACAUCAGUCACAUGUUGACCCCGCGGGGGCGUGUCUACGCUGAGGUCACAGUUACCCAGACUGCACCUGGAGAGUUUCUGCUCAUCACAGGCUCCGGGUCCGAGCUGCACGAUCUGCGGUGGAUCGAGCACGAGGCGGCUGACGGCGGGUAUCAUGUGAGCGUGUCUAACGUGACGGAUGAGCUCGGUGUUCUGGGCGUCGCCGGGCCGAAAUCACGGAUGGUUCUUCAGAAGCUGACAGAUGAAGACAUGAGUGACACGGCCUUCAGAUUCCUGCACUGCAGAUCCAUGCAGCUCGCCGGAGUUCCCCUCCGCGCCAUACGCUCACGCCAGAGACACACACACACACACACACACACAACAUUCAUCUCAUCUCAAGUGUUUUUUUUUCUUGUGUUUCAGAUGAACUGCGACACAAAUCCUUUAGAAGCCGGUUUGGACUAUUUCAUCAAACUCAAUAAGCCCGCAGAGUUCAUCGGUAAACAGGCUCUGCUGGAGAUCAAGGCUCAGGGUUUGAGCCGUCGGCUGGCGUUCCUCACGCUGGACACAGACGACAUCGACCCGGAGGGAAAUGAGACCGUCUGGCACAACGGAGAGGUGGUGGGGAACACGACGUCAGGGUCGUACAGCUACACCGCGCAGCAGAGCCUGGCCUUCUCUUACCUGCCCCUGCACCUGACUCACGCGGGUCAGAAGGUAGAAGUGGAGCUUCUGGGUCAGAAAUACCCGGCCACAGUCACUCAGGAGCCGCUGGUCCUCACAGAACCCACCAGAACCCGCCUGCAGAAGAAGCAGCGGAGUGAAUGACUGAUGGGAACAGAGACGAUCCUGAGCUCAUUCUGAAUAUGACACUCAAUGAUGCCACAACAGAACAGCAAAUAUCAGCCGGAAAGUGUUGCUUUAGCAAAAUAAAUCAGGUGUGAGCUACAUGAAAAUCAUAAAAGCACUGCAAAUGUGCCAGAAUAUGGAAACGUAAAAGUUGUAGUUUUUAAAAUCUGUGUUAAUCAUUUUAAUUGAAAACUGUGAAGAUUUGCUGCUAAACAUUGUGUCUUAAUGUCAUAUUCUGUGAAUUAUUUCCACAGUCAUGUUGAACUCUGACAGUAUUUUACACGUGUGUGUUCUUGCGGGAUCAGACUAACUGAUGAGUCUUACAGAGAAGAGCUCUAAUAAAGCACAAUCUCAGUAUUACAGAUUCUAGGAUAAUUCUAAUAUUUGAACGACCUCUGAUUAUUCCCGUCUCUCUGUACUCUAUGUUUUCAUUGUGAAUAAACACACUUUCCCUCUCGAGUCGGUCUCGACACGGUGUCAUCGAAGAUGGGGACAGUGUUUUUAAAAGUCCAAACUCAGUAAACACAUUAAUAAUAAAUCAUACUUAGACAAGUGGAUCGAACGCAACAUAGUCAAAUUGACCCCAAAGCAACUCUGACUUUUCUAAAAAAUAUGAUAAUUAUAUCUUUAAACCUUGAAUCUUUCUGACUUUUGCUAAAUGUAUUCGCCGAAUUCAUAAACAUGCACACUUGUGUUACAAAGUUUUUAAAAUGCCUGUGCACAUUUUGACCCCAUCACUUUUUUUGGUGAAAAAAAAGAUUAAACAUUAUAUGCAGAAUAAUUUUCUGUUGAUUGCCUCUCAUGAGUAAAUAUCUAAUGAGUAAAUAUAAUUUAUGCCUUGCUAUAAAUGUACAUUUUACUAUUACUGUACUGCAUAUGAAGGAGUUUUUCAGAGUUCUAUAUACUUUUAUCUAUUAUUUCAUACAAUAAUGUGUUUACAAACACUGUACACACAUUUUUACAAGCAUCUAUAAAAAAUGAUUGUUGUUGGUUUUCCAUAUUAUAUGGGGAUUUUCCAUAGACAUAAUUUUGAUACUGUAUACAUUU